UUUAUCAUUAGUAAUUCCCGCUAGCUUUGACUAUUCUUCAUCAAAAUCUAAAUAGCUUGGAAAGCAUUGUACUCCUUUCAUUGUUCUCUGGAAAAUGGUAAUCUUUUUUAUUUGCACGAAGAUGAACCACACGUAUUCCAUUUAAAAAGGUAUUUCAUUUCAAGAAUUCAAGUCUUUGUUUGUACUAGAAAUCCGUUUGACGUUCGACCCGGUACAGCAUCAAAGCGGGUUUAAUUCCAGAACGCACUUUUUACGAACACACGCGGAUAGCAAACGAAAGCGCAACUUCACUCCGUAACCAUUUGAGUGGUAUUUUGUCCUGAAAUUCCUUUGUUUAUGCGAUUUGUCUAUUCCAGUUUCCAUACGCUAUUUAGAAUAAUGGAAACGAAAUCGCCAUAUUUUUCGCCAAAGAAGACAAGAAAUUUUACUAAGAAAGCAGGCCUAAGUCUUCUGCAGAAAGCUACGCAAAACAAUAAAACGGUAGAAAACCGAUCUAACGAUGAUAAAAGUGUACCCGUGCUCAAGGUCAAGGCCGAAAGCAGCACUCAAGUUGCUUCGACCAGCAAAAGAACAGGUAAACGGCGUCUGAACAAUAUUCGUGUCAAUGCUGCUUCUACAGCGAAUGAUACGAUCAAAAUGGAAUCCUGUGAAGCAGAUGGAUGUCUUCAAGCAGUUGAUGUAAGCGGCAUUCUCAAAACGCCCGAAAAACAACACAAUGCAGAAGUGAACAUUGGAAAAGGAAAACCAACGAAGACAGUCAAUGAUCCUGGCUUUCCCAAUAAUAUAGAGGACAAUGUGAAAUUGGCAGACGUAAAGAUUAAAAUCGAACCAUCAGAGGAAGCAGAAAUUAUGCCGCAAUCCACGUGCGAGAAGACACCGGUUAAACAGGAACAAUUUGAUUAUUUAGCUCCUAUCAAACAAGAGAACACAGACGAUCAGGAUGACCCAUCCAUCGCAAAGGAGACAAAGUGGGAACCGAAAAAUUGGCACCAGAUGAUGGAAAAUAUUCGCGAAAUGCGCAGAGCAAACCUGGCACCAGUCGAUACUAUGGGAUGCGAUCAGUUUACUCAGAACACCGAGACCGUUCUUCCGGAUCGUCUCAAACGCUACCAUUGUCUUGUGUCGCUCAUGCUGUCAAGCCAAACGAAGGAUCAGGCAAACCACGAAUGCAUGCUGCGAUUGAAGAAACACGGUCUUACGCCAGAAUCGAUUGUAGCCACCGAAAGUGCGGUAUUGCAGAAGCUCAUUUAUCCGGUCGGGUUUUAUAAGAACAAAACGCGUUUCAUCAAGGAAGUGUCCCAAAUUUUAAUUGACCAGUACGGAGGAGAUAUUCCGAACAACAUCGAAGGUUUGCUGAAAUUACCGGGCGUUGGUAAAAAGAUGGCCCAUCUUUGUAUGCGUUCAGCCUGGAACAUAGUAACCGGUAUUGGGGUUGAUACGCACGUGCACCGCAUAAGCAACUGGCUAAAUUGGGUCCCAAAGGAAACAAAAAAUCCGGAAGAAACGCGUCAAGCUUUGGAGAAGUGGCUACCAUACGAGUUGUGGGAUGAGGUAAACCAUUUGCUGGUGGGAUUCGGGCAAACUAUCUGCACUUCGCGAUUCCCACGUUGCAACGAUUGUCUGAACGCUCCUAUCUGCCCAGCACGUGGCAAGCAACCCAUGCGUAGUACGCCGGUAAAGAAAGAAAUGAAAAUGGAAGAUUUGGAAUUUUAAGUUUGACCGUUUUCAUAAUCGUUUGUUUUGUUUCAUUCUAAAGUAUGUGUUUUUUUUUAAAUUACCGCCCUCCAGUACAAACAGAAUCUAGUUCUUUCGUGUUCAAUAAAAUAAGAACCGCCGAGGUUUACGUUUCGAACAGA